AUGGGAAACGGCGGGUCUCUCGCUCUGGGGAUUGUCCGCAUGUACGCCAAGGCUCGCAAGAACGAGUGCGAUUUCCAGGUGAGUUGCGGUAUUCUGGCAUACUCGACAGAUCCUCUCGUCGCCUUGCUACAGGAGCUCGUCGACGAAUGGAUUCGCUUCGAGGGUACAGGUGUCCCGCAUCACCCCCUGAGCCCUGUCAAUACCGUAGAUUCUCGUGAGCUCUUGGCUGUUCGGCAUAGCCAGUGGGAGUCUUUUAUGUGCAACUCGCUCAAGCGUAGGAUGCUGUUCUCCACGAUGUGGUUUUGGGUCCCGGAGGACAAUCGAUGUACUACUCUGGCGGUCGAAAUGGCUAAGCGGGCACCUCGAUGCAUGCGCGGUGUCAAGAAGCCCCGCAGAAGAAGCAAGCGCAAAUCAAAGCAGACGAUGGAGAACGGCGUCAAGAAGUUUGGUGGUCUGUUGAAUGAUGUUUUCAACAUAGAUGAUGCGGUCAAGGGCAUUCUGGCUCUGGCAAUUUGUGCGGAGUCGUAA